UAAUGAGCAAGAAACAAGUAUAGAUAGCUCUAUAUAUAAACCUCAAUACUCAACCUAUCUUUUCCAAGACAACUUAGCUUGCUCCUUUUGGCUCUCUCCCCUAUAAUCAACAACAACAAAAAAUCAUUAACUUCCGAACACUUCACUAAAAAAGUUCUACUUUUUCCACCUUCGUACCUUUUUAUCUCUUUCAUAAGGGUUGUCAAUCAGACUGCUUAUGCGCGUGUUAUUAUCACUUUAUCAGCAAUGGAAACACUAGCAUCGGACACAGCCACCGCCCUAAACCUCAUCGAAAAACACCUCUUCGACGAUCAAAUCCCAUCUCCAACUUCCACAAUUACCACUACCCUUAGCUCAAAAUCAUCCUUCAUCACUACCAACCAAUAUUCACAAAAUAACACAAAGGUUACAACCUUUAACCUUUGCUUCAGUAAUAAUGAAAGUUCACGUCGUCAUGACGACUCUAAUAUCCUACAAUACAUCUAUUCAUCUUUAGAAGAAGCAGGAAUUGAUUAUGAUGAAACUUUUCGCGUCUUUUGUAGCAAGCCUCGAAAAGCUGCUACAAAAGGCGACAUGAAACAUAAUAAUAAUAGUAAUCAUGGUAACUAUAUAGGGGUGAGGAGAAGACCAUGGGGUAGAUUUGCUGCUGAAAUUAGAGACCCUAAACGUAAAGGCUAUAGAAUUUGGCUUGGGACAUAUAAUACAGCCAUUGAUGCUGCUCGAGCUUACGAUCGUGCAGCUUUCGACAUACGAGGCAAUAAAGCUAGAUUAAACUUCCCUCAUGAAGUUGGAAGUUGGUCAUCAUCAACUAAAACAACUCAGGUGCAACUUAUAGGUGAAAAAAGGCAAAGGAUAGAAGAGGAUGAAAUAGAUAUGUUGGGAGAUUAUUGUUCUUCUGAUGAUGAUGGUCAAUUAAACAUCAAAUUUCCUAAAUUAGUGUAACUAAUUAAUUAAUGUGUUGUAAUGUGUAUAGCUUCUUAACUUAGUAGGAGUAUUCAAUUUGUUGUAUUAUGAGGCAUUACUUUAAUUUGAUCAUAAAUUACUGUUAAAAUUAUAUGGAUUUAGUUAGAAUACAAGAGCUUCAUUUAGAAAUGCC